AUGAAAACUGAGGCCACUGAUGGCUACAACGCAGUCCAAGUUAGGUUUCGAAGGGUCAGGGACCGCAUGCUCACAAAGCCAGAGAUGGGUCAUUUGCAGAAAGCGGGUGCUAUUCCUAUGCGCCAUUUGCAGGAGUUUCAUUUGGUUUCUAUGGAUGGGUUUAAGGCUAACCAGAGGCUUGUGUUUGAUGAUCUUUUCAAGGAGGGUGAUCUUGUUGAUGUGGCUGGCACCACCAUUGGAAAGGGUUUUCAAGCUCAACAAAGAGAUCUUUAUGAUCAAGCAGUGAUUCCAAUAGUACAUGAAGUUUUAGAAGGUUUCAAUUGUACCAAGAGGAGCGAGCUAAGGACCAAGAGGCAUCAGCUAAGCAAGAGGCAUGAGGACAUCUUCCAUUAG